AGGGAAGCUUAAUUUAUGCGAUUAUCGCCCACACUGUCAGCUGCAAUUCGUCGCAAACGAUCAGUAAACACAUCAGCGGCACAUCGACGGGGCAAAAAAACACGCAUCGUCACUAUCUGCUACUCGCACACACUCCCACCGAUCAAUAGCGAUAGUAGUAAGACGCAUCUAACGCCCGACCCCGGGCACUCAUUCACUCCCGAUUCACCGAUCUCGGCGGACGUUUUCGCACAGGUAUCGCUUCGCUACAAUGGCCCCAAAGGUUCCAUCUGUUCGGCUCAACAAUGGCCUUGAGAUGCCCGUUCUAGGGCUUGGCACGUACUUGGCCACCGAAGAGGAAGGCAUCGCAGCGGUAAAGAUGGCCAUAGACGAGGGUUAUCGCCACAUCGAUACGGCGUACUUCUAUCAGAACGAGAACCAGGUCGGGCAGGCGGUGCGGGCCAAAAUCGCGGAAGGGCUGAUCAAGCGGGAAGAUGUGUUCAUCGUUACGAAGGUUUGGAACACUUACCACGCCCCGGAACAUGUGGCCGAAGCGUGCCAUCGCUCGCUCGACAAUCUCGGCCUGGGCUAUAUCGAUCUGUUCCUCAUCCACUGGCCGAUGGGCUGGAAGUUCUGCGGCUGGACCGGGGACGAUCUGCUGCCGAUGAACGCGAACGGCAAAUCGAUCGAUUCCGACGUCGACUAUCUCGACACGUGGAAAGCGAUGGAAAGGCUGGUGAAGGAGGGCAAGGUGAAGAGCAUCGGCGUGUCGAACUUUAACAGCGAGCAGCUGACGCGUCUGCUGGCGAACUGCGAGAUCAAACCGGUCACGAAUCAGGUCGAGUGUAAUCCGGGCAUCAAUCAGCGCAAGCUGAUCGAGUUCUGCCGGCAGCACGACAUUGUCAUUACGGCGUACAGUCCGCUCGGUAGGCCAAAUAUGGCCGAUCCGGUCGUCGGUACGGCGGGCAUUCCGAAGCACGCGCUGGACGAUCCGCGUGUGAUUACGAUUGGCCAGAAGUAUGGCAAAAGUGCGGGCCAGGUGGUGCUGCGGUAUCUGAUCGAGCUGGGCACGCUGCCGAUCCCGAAGUCGUCCAAGCUGGAGCGUAUCCGGCAAAACAUUGACAUCUUUGACUUUAGCCUGACCGAGGAGGAGAUUAAGCUGAUGGACGGGUUCAACACGGGCGGCCGGACGGUGCCGUUUCACUUUAGCAGCGAGCACAAGUACUUCCCGUUCAAGCUGGAGUACUGAGGGAAUAGAUCUGAUGGCUAAUGAUUCACCGGAAAAAAGGUCACCGUGAAUAGUAUUCAAUCCGUUGUUGCUUUGGUAAAUAAAUGUUACUGCACUCUUUGGUGUGUAUGUGUGUGCCAUGUGACGUAA